AUGUCAUUACUUAUUAUGUUAAAACUAUCUAUAAUUUAUAAACCUAAAGCAUUGUCAUUUAUUUGUAAAUGUGUAGGAGGCACUGAUAUUUCUAAAAAGGUAAUGUGCUAUAUUAAAGGAAAUUUGAUGGAUUCUAGCACAGAUUUAAUUAAUCUAGAGGCUAAAGACAUACCAUGUGAAUGUGAAGUAAUUAUGUACUCUCGAUUUUCAAUCAACGAAGAAUCCAUAAUAAAUGUUGAUGAAGCUCUUCUUAAAUCAGUAACAGACUUGAAUAAACCUGUGAUCCUGACAGUUUCACGAGAAGAACUGUAUUUAGAUUGGAUUAAAAUAUUGAAACCUGAUGGUAAUGCUAAAGACGCAAAAGUCUUAUGUGAUUUCGCAUUAAAACAUAAUGUACAAGGAUAUAUUUUAAAUUCGAUUACACCACAAUGCGUGUUUAGAUCGUUCAAUGAAAACGUUGGAAAAUAUAUUAUACCUUAUAUAAAACAAUUAAAACAAUGCGGUCCUGACUUAAUAAUCGGUGUCACUGUUGAAGCAAUUCCAUCAUCUAUAAAGAAUCCAUGCAUGUACAAUUUUGAAGAAUUGAACGAUUUAGUAAACUUCUAUGAAGUACAAACGUUUAAAUUGAAUGAAUGUGUUCCCAAUUUGUAUAAUGGCAGAACUCCAAUUACAAAAAGUGAACAUGGUGCUAAUUAUCUCUAUGGAAUGGAAGAAGUAGCAUCAUAUCUGAAGGAAUCGAAAAUAUGUCUUACAAAACUAAGCUAUAAUAUUGAAAUGUACCCAGUCUACAAUGAUCAAACAACUUAUACUUCUUAUAAAAAAGUGUGUAAAGGAGAAUUUGAUUGUUCAACUUAUUGUGUACAAACUACAAAAAAUUUUUAUGAUAAGGGGAAAUUUGUACAUGAUGAAAACAGUGGAAUAAUUGUCAUGAUUUUGGAUCUUGAUGAUAUUGGAAACGAUUGUCAGUGUACUUCGGCGUUCAUUGGAUUUAAAAACAUAAUUGCUGGCUUCGUUGGUGGUUCACACAUACCCUGUACAAAAUUUGACAUUCAAUCAAUUGAAUAUCCAAUUAAAUAA